AUAACUACAACUCCCAGACGGCACCUGUGAGUGGUUACCGUUCAUGGCGUCUGGUGGAGGGCUAAAGACAGGUCGCCUUCUGACAAACAGAUAGGCCGGUGAAUUUAACGGUUUUGUUUUGGUCGUCACCGUGUGGCACUAUGGAGGUGGAGAGUGUCACAGUGGAGGAUGAGGGGCGUUUGACCCAGCUGAGGUUUGAAGCCGCCGUGAAAGUGAUCAAGAGUUUACCACCGGAUGGUCCAUUUCAGCCCUCCAAUGACAUGAUGCUCAAGUUCUACAGUUAUUACAAACAAGCCACUGUGGGAGCAUGCAACAUACCCCGACCUGGCUUCUGGGAUGCAGUCGGCAAAGCUAAAUGGGAUGCGUGGGAUUCUCUUGGAAAUAUGUCAAAAGAAGAAGCAAUGGCAGCCUAUGUUGAGGAAAUGAAACUGAUCUUGGAGGGCAUGCCCAUGACAGAUGAGGUGGAGGAACUCUUGCGCGUCCUCGGCCCGUUCUACGAGAUGAUAGAAGAGAGGAAAAAGAUCACGCAGAUAUCAGACCUGAGCACAGGUAUUGGUACAAUGAUGAAUUCAAUGGCGUCGAAGAGUGUCGCAAAGAGCAUCGUCAGAAGCAUGGAAAUGAAUGGCACUCUGGAGACUCGGCCUGCCAGGCUCAAAUCGAAGGAAGUGAAGGAAAGGUUGGAGGAUGAAGCACAGGAGGAAGAUGAGGAUGAGGAAGAUGACGAGGAGGAAGAAGAAGAAGAGGAAGAAGUUGCGAUAAGGGAGAACAGAAAAGACAAGAAAUCAGCAGCUUCACAGCCAAAGAAGAAAGGUUCAGCCAGGAGACACAAAGUGCCCCUGUCAAACGGUAAAGUGGCUAACGGGGUCAUCCAUCUCACCAAUGGGAGUCAUUCCAGGGUUGCGCUGAACAGCAACAACUCCCAGGAGGGUUCAGUCGGCGAGCCUCUGCUCAACGGUCACCACGCAGAUCCCAGUGCUCAUGUGUCCGGUCCCAAUCACCUGGCCAGCGACUCCGACAGCGAAGUCUACUGCGACUCUGUGGACCAGUUUGGCCAGGAUGAGAGCCCAGAGCACAACCACUCUCUGGAUGACCUGGAUGAAGAGGAGAACCACGUGCUGGAGCCUCCGGAGGCGGCACAGGAGAUCCAGGAGGAUGUUGAAGGUCCGCCAAAGGUCAUGAGGUGUGGAGGAGAAGAUGGAGAGACCGGUGGGACAAUGUCGCAGAGACGGAGACUGAAUGCAGACAUGCCAGACAGCUCCUUGGUCAGAAGAGGACAGGGUUCCAGGUCUGCAGGCCGCGGCUCUGGGGCUCUGGUGCCCAUGCACAGUGGCGGAGACGGGGACGGGGGUCACAGGGGAGGAGCGGUGACGCCCGGAGGGAGCCUGAACGAGCAGAUAGUCGUGGCGUUGGCCAGACUGCAGGAGGACAUGCAGAGCGUCCUCCAGAGGCUGCACACCCUGGAGGCUCUAACUGCCAGUCAGGCAAGAUCAGUGGCGCUGUCUCCCACUUAUGCAUCACCCCCAGUGAAUAAGAGGAGUCAGAAGCCAUCCUGGUGGCCUUUUGACAUAUCUCCAACCAGUUUGGCCUUCGCUGUGAUAUGGCCAUUUGUGGUACAGUGGCUUAUCCGCCUGUUCCUGCAGAGGAGGAGAAGACGAAUCAACUGAAGCUGCUUACAUCACAAACUCCCCUGGGCGUAGAAGAAAACGAGUCCUCUAAAUGUCUGUGGUUGGGCUGCUAAUGGCUGUAACUCCCUCCCCUGCUUAGACCCACAGCCCAGUAAUUUGCUUUUGCACUAUGAAGACGGCAUCUAGAGCUAACGCGUGAGAGGAAGAGAUCUCUCCGGAGUGUUGCACUGUGGAUGUGGAAUCAAAAAGAAACAUGAAUGUAUGAGAGCCUGUGAUUAUACAACCUUUUUCAAGAUGAUGCCACUGUACUGGAAUCUUUUUUUUUUCUUUUCGUUUUUUCUCUGUAAAGAAACGGUUUGUGUUGAGAGGGAUUUUGUCAGCGUGUUUAUAGACCUUCCACAGCUUCUCAAUUAUUUCCAUAUCUAAGGCUUUGUUGCACAGAAAAUGGGCCUGAUACUCUGUUGUUUUGAGCAUAACAUGGUUAUAAAUUUUGACGAUUCACUUUCAUUAGUUGCCCAGGCAAUGCUGCUAUUACAAAAUGUUGUAUUAACUGUAGUUUAGAAUGGAGGAUUGAAUGUAAUAAUAUAUUGAUUUGUGAGAUUCUCUUUAAUUGUGAGAAUAAGUAAAAUAUUUAUUGCUUUUUAGCGACAAAAAGAAAGAUGGCGUUGCUGGCCAGAUUUCAGCUAUGUUUAUGUUUUCACGUGACUGAUUAAAUGUUAAAGGUCAUAGGUUAAGACAAGGUUCAGGACGUGUUCUCAUCACCUGUCCUAUAGCAUAUCAGUCCUGUGCUUUCACAUCAAGGUGAUCUGAUCGUUUCCAAAUAGAAAAAGUGCCUCAACAUCAAUAGGUACAUUCAUAGGUGGCAUUAUUAUUUCAUACAUUCACAUAAUGUAGCAUUGAUUGUCAUAGUACUGGACCAAAUUAACAUUAAUCACACCACCUAGUGAGCCAAGAGGUGGUGAGAACCUCCAUCCGACAGCAUCAUUUCCCACUCUGCUAACCGAUUAGUAAUACAUAACACUCGUCACUGUCUGUGUUGUUUACGCUGCCAUGUUUUCUCUGUUGUAUAAUUUAAAAUGUGUGGUGUAAUACGUUUGUAUGAAUAUUGUGGAACGAUUUUUUUGUCUCGAGUGUAAUCGUGAGUAGUUUGCAAAGCAGUGAGAUCUAUACACAUUGUAUACAAUAGCUGUACAGUUCAGAGAGAUUGAAAUGCAAUAUUUUAAUUGCGUUCCCAUGUAUUGUUAAUAUAGAAGAAUAUAUCAUUAUAAUAAGGUUUGCAUCUGCAAUAGCACCAAUCUUUCCAGAGCCAUUAUGUUUUAAUAAAAGUAAUAGUUUACCUUUUUACUGAAAUGUACUAAGGCUUUCUCGCCCUCUCUGCCUGUGGAUAGAGUGGUGUCUGCAUGUGAUAAUCCAAGCCUAAAAUAAAGUUUUCAUAAAGCCUU